AUGCAGCUGUGGGCAGAGACUCUCCUGGUACUUCCUCUCAGCCUCAGGACCAUGAUCAACCAGACACAGGUGACAGAGUUCAUCCUGCAGGGCUUCUCAGAGCACCCUGAAUACCACAUCUUCUUGUUCUGCUGUUUCCUGUCAUUGUACUCUGUGGCUGUCACAGGCAAUGUCCUCAUCAUCAUGGCCAUCAGCUUCAACCCUGGCCUCCACACGCCCAUGUACUUCUUCCUGUUCAAUUUGGCCACGAUGGACAUCAUCUGCACUUCAUCUGUUAUGCCCAAGGCUCUUGAGGGGCUGAUGGUAGAGAAGAGCUCCAUAUCUUUUAGGGGCUGCAUGGCCCAGCUCUACUUUCUCACAUGGUCUGCAUCCUCAGAGCUGCUUCUUCUCACAGUCAUGGCCUAUGAUCGCUAUGCAGCCAUUUGCCACCCCCUGCAUUACAGCACCAUGAUGAGCAAGGCCUUCUGCAGCGUGCUUGCUGCUGGAGUGUGGGUGAUCUGUGCCUUCAAC